CCUCCUCCUUCGUUUCUGUCACCGGGGUUUGUAUGAAAACACCCGGCGGCGGGCGGCGAGGCAUCCGCCGGGCCCCCGGAGAGCAGCUGCCCGCGCUGCCGACGCCAAGCCGGGUGCUGCAGCUUUACCCAGUCCCUGCCAUCGCCCCAUCCUGAGCCGAUUAUCUGCAAUGGUGAAAUGAAGUAAUUCAAGAUGAGCAAGUUAAAAGUGAUACCAGAGAAAAGCCUUACCAAUAACUCUCGGAUUGUGGGACUCCUGGCUCAGCUGGAGAAGAUCAAUACUGAAUCUACAGAAUCAGAUACUGCCAGAUAUGUUACAUCAAAAAUUCUUCAUCUGGCUCAGAGUCAAGAAAAAACAAGGAGAGAAAUGACAGCCAAAGGUUCUACAGGAAUGGAAGUUCUGCUGUCAACAUUAGAGAACACGAAAGAUCUUCAAACUACACUUAAUAUCUUAAGCAUUCUUGUUGAGCUGGUGUCAGCUGGUGGAGGUCGAAGAGCGAGUUUCUUAGUCUCCAAAGGUGGUUCACAAAUAUUAUUACAGUUACUUAUGAAUGCCAGCAAAGAAUCUCCCCUGAAUGAGGAGUUAAUGAUGCAGAUUCAUUCCAUUCUUGCAAAAAUUGGACCAAAAGACAAAAAAUUUGGAGUGAAAGCUAGAAUUAAUGGAGCUCUAAAUAUAACCCUGAAUUUGGUCAAGCAGAAUUUGCAGAAUCAUCGCUUGGUUUUGCCUUGUCUUCAGCUUUUACGAGUAUAUUCUGCCAACUCUGUGAAUUCUGUAUCCUUAGGGAAAAAUGGAGUUGUAGAACUGAUGUUUAAAAUCAUCGGACCAUUUAGUAAGAAGAAUUCCAGUCUUAUGAAGGUUGCUUUAGACACUCUUGCUGCAUUGCUAAAAUCAAAAACAAAUGCCAGGAGAGCUGUAGACAGAGGAUAUGUCCAAGUCCUUUUAACAAUUUAUGUAGAUUGGCACCGCCAUGAUAAUCGGCAUAGAAACAUGCUCAUUCGAAAAGGAAUUUUACAGAGUUUAAAAAGUGUUACAAGCAUCAAGUUGGGAAGAAAAGCAUUUAUUGAUGCCAAUGGGAUGAAAAUUCUUUAUAACACUUCACAAGAAUGUUUGGCAGUCAGGACCCUUGAUCCUCUUGUCAACACCUCCAGUCUGAUAAUGAGGAAAUGUUUCCCUAAAAAUCGCCUGCCACUCCCAACGAUUAAAAGUUCUUUCCAUUUCCAGUUACCAGUUAUUCCUGUGACUGGACCUGUGGCCCAGCUCUACAGUUUACCCCCUGAAGUGGAUGACGUAGUAGAUGAAAGUGAUGACAACGAUGAUAUUGAUUUAGAAGCUGAAAAUGAAACCGAAAAUGAAGAUGACCUAGAUAAAAAUUUUAAGAAUGAUGAUAUUGAAACGGAUAUUAACAAACUAAAACCCCAGCAAGAACCAGGACGAACAAUAGAAGAACUUAAAAUGUAUGAACACCUUUUCCCUGAGCUUGUUGAUGAUUUUCAGGACUAUGAUUUAAUCUCCAGAGAACCAAAAGCUUUUGUAUUUGAGGGAAAAGUGCGUGGCCCUAUUGUUGUUCCCACAGCAGGAGAGGAAGCAUCUGGGAAUUCCAGCAAUUUAAGAAAAGGAAUUGUAAUGAAGGCGACUGUGUCUCCUAAAGGAGAUGAAGAUAAUAAGAAACCAGCCUGUGUGGAUCUGGCAAAAGAAGACAUUAAAGAUAAUGACAGAACAUUACAACAGCAGCUAGGUGGUGAUCAAAAUAGAACUAUUUCAUCGGGCCAUGGCUUAAACAAUGAUAUUGUGAAGGCCUUGGACCGAAUUACAUUGCAGAAUAUUCCUUCUCAAACAGCCCCGGGUUUUACUGCAGGAAUGAAGAAGGACUACAGUCUCCCUGUCACUGCCCUUAUGUGCGCUAAUGCAUGUUCACACGUGGCUACUUGUGGGAAUGUUCUGUUUGAGGGAAGAACUGUUCAGCUAGGCAAGCUUUGCUGUACUGGAGUCGAAACUGAGGAUGAUGAAGACACUGAGUCUACUGCCUCAGUGGAACAAGCAUUAGUUGAAGUUCCUGAUGGACCAACACUCCAUGACUCAGAUCUUUAUAUUGAGAUUGUGAAAAGUACAAAGUCUGUCCCAGAAUAUUCAGAGGUGGCUUAUCCUGAUUAUUUUGGUCACAUUCCUCCUCCAUUCAAAGAGCCUAUUUUGGAAAGACCUUACGGUGUACAAAGGACAAAAAUUGCCCAAGAUAUUGAGAGGCUAAUACAUCAGAGUGAUAUAAUAGAUAGAGUGGUAUAUGAUUUAGAUAACCCAAAUUAUACCACUCCAGAAGAUGGAGAUAUUUUGAAGUUUAACUCCAAAUUUGAAUCUGGGAAUCUGCGCAAAGUAAUUCAAAUUAGAAAAAAUGAAUAUGACCUUAUUCUGAACUCAGAUAUAAAUAGUAAUCAUUAUCAUCAGUGGUUUUACUUUGAAGUCAGUGGAAUGCGACCAAGCAUUGCUUAUAGGUUCAACAUCAUUAACUGUGAAAAGUCCAACAGUCAAUUUAAUUAUGGUAUGCAACCACUCAUGUAUUCAGUUCAGGAAGCGUUAAAUGCUAGACCAUGGUGGAUUCGUGUGGGGACUGACAUUUGUUACUAUAAAAAUCACUUCUCAAGAAGUUCAAUUGCUGCAGGUGGGCAAAAGGGAAAAUCCUACUAUACAAUUACAUUCACUGUCAUUUUUCCACAUAAAGAUGAUGUGUGCUACUUUGCUUAUCACUAUCCAUAUACAUAUUCAACUUUACAGAUGCAUCUUCAAAAAUUGGAAACAGCACACAAUCCUCAGCAAAUCUAUUUUCGAAAAGAUGUGUUAUGUGAAACCCUGUCUGGAAACAGCUGUCCCUUGGUGACUAUAACAGCAAUGCCAGAGUCUAAUUAUUAUGAACAUAUCUGUCAAUUCAGAAAUCGCCCUUACGUUUUCUUAUCUGCUCGGGUGCAUCCUGGAGAGACUAAUGCAAGUUGGGUAAUGAAAGGAACAUUGGAGUAUCUCAUGAGUAAUAACCCUACUGCUCAGAGCUUACGAGAAUCCUAUAUUUUUAAAAUUGUCCCUAUGCUAAAUCCAGAUGGUGUCAUCAAUGGAAAUCACCGCUGUUCUUUAAGUGGAGAGGAUUUGAAUAGGCAAUGGCAAAGUCCAAAUCCAGAUUUACAUCCUACAAUUUAUCAUGCCAAGGGUCUGCUGCAAUAUCUGGCUGCAGUGAAGCGUUUACCACUGGUUUAUUGUGAUUAUCAUGGCCACUCCCGAAAGAAGAAUGUAUUUAUGUAUGGCUGCAGCAUCAAAGAGACAGUGUGGCACACGAAUGACAAUGCAGCUUCAUGUGAUGUUGUGGAAGAUGUGGGAUACAGGACUUUGCCUAAGAUUCUGAGUCAUAUUGCCCCAGCAUUUUGCAUGAGCAGCUGUAGCUUCGUAGUAGAAAAAUCUAAAGAAUCUACAGCACGUGUUGUAGUUUGGAGAGAGAUAGGAGUACAAAGAAGCUAUACCAUGGAGAGUACUUUGUGUGGCUGUGAUCAGGGAAAAUAUAAGGGUUUACAGAUUGGUACUCGAGAAUUGGAAGAGAUGGGAGCAAAAUUUUGUGUUGGUCUAUUGCGUUUGAAAAGACUGACAUCCCCACUGGAAUAUAAUCUGCCUUCUAGCCUGCUUGACUUUGAAAAUGACUUGAUUGAUUCGAGCUGCAAAGUAACUAGCCCCACCACUUAUGUUUUGGAUGAAGAUGAACCUCGAUUCCUUGAAGAAGUUGAUUACAGUGCAGAAAGUAAUGAUGAGUUAGAUAUUGAAUUGGCUGAAAAUGCAGGAGACUAUGAACCUUCUGCACAAGAAGAAGUACUUUCUGACUCUGAAUUAUCAAGAACAUACCUACCUUGAGCCCUUUGCCAUCUCUUGUGAACUGCAUAGAAGAAAUGAAAUAUCUUGGUUUUCAUUACACAGGAAGUUUGAGAGCAAUGAGUGUAUAGAGAGGUGACUCAGAAAGACAGAAAGCAGCUUGGGCCUCUUUGGUUUCAAGACAAUAAAUAUGUUAUUAAUUCAUGAUGAAAUUGGCAUUUGUUUUAUUUUAGAUAUUCAAUGCACUUUACAUAGCAUUGAAGUAUCAAAUAUUGGAUUUACUUUUUCAAAACCUGAGUAUCAUUGCAUGAAUUUUCAUCUCCUUAUGGUUAUAUCCUGCAUCAAAUGGAUAAUUUUGAAGUGUGUGAGAAUAUAAAAUCUAAAUUCUAGAGUUGUUGAGAAUCCUGGGUUGUUGAAAACUAAUAUGUAUGUACAUGGAUUCCUGUAGAUGUGUCUGUGUAAGGGUGGGUAGAUAUUGAAGAUAAGACUGUUCUUCAGAAUCAUAUUAACUGUUGAGUUGUGACUGAAAUACUCCAGAGUUUUCCUUGAAACCAUUACAUUCUACAUUUACCAAGUUAAACAAAUAAAAGCUCUAUUAAAUGU